AUUUGACGCAUUUUUUCAGUAUUUUGAUGUUUCCGUGACAUUUUUCUGUGUUUGGUGUUUGUGUUCCAUGUUCCAUGCUUCCAUGUCCAUUCCAUUCUAUUUUUAUUUUCAUUGAGUGGUGAUGAAUUAUCAAGAAUUAUUGUGCAUACUGCAUAGGAUUUGCGUAAAUAAAUAUUAUCGCAUUGCAUAAACAGGCAUUUUAGAACUUUUAUCCGAUCUGAAUGUUGACUACCAUGGUUCAAGUGAAUAUUUUUUACGAUGGUAGAUACACAACAUUUCUGUCUGCGUUGGAACAAUUAUCAAAGCAGCAUAACAUCAGCCUUCGAAAACCUCCGUGAUGAUGAGGACUUCGUAGAUGUAACGUUAGCUUGUGAUGGAAAAAGUUUGAAAGCACAUCGAGUAGUGUUGUCUGCCUGUAGCCCUUAUUUUCGAGAAUUACUCAAGAGCACACCCUGUAAACACCCAGUGAUAGUGCUGCAGGAUGUGGCGUGGACGGACCUGCACGCGCUCGUCGAGUUCAUCUACCACGGCGAGGUGAACGUGCACCAGAGGUCGCUGUCGUCGUUCCUCAAGACGGCUGAGGUGCUGCGCGUCAGCGGGCUCACGCAGCAGCACGGAGAUAGCCGCGACCAGUUGGCCCAAGUCCAGAGCAUGAUCAGACCGCCGCAGCUGCCCACCCCCGUCUCCAACCACUUCGACAAGCACCAUCCCGACGACCAGCCCCCGCCGCAUUUCGCCGCCCCCGCCUCGCCGCCGCACGGCGCUACCGUCAACCAGAUACUGCGCCGCGCGGCCAUGCAGUACCGGCGCGAGCGGCGCAUAUCCGCCGAGCCGGUGGAGGGGGCGGAGCACAAGCGCCUCAGGGCGGAGCACCUGUUGAUCGGGAACAACAAUAAUAAUAACGACUUGUUGCAUCCGCCGCAAACGCAACCUGCGGAUUUUUCGCCUAGUGGGAUGAAGAACAACGUGCUCAAUCUGAAUGUGAACUCGACGAUAAAGAACGAUAUUGAAGGCAACGGCAUCAGCAGCACGGGCACCGACCGCGACCGCUCGCCCUGCUCCCCCACCGCCACCGUCCUAUCGCGCUGCCACGACAACAACAACCACGACCCCAUCAAGCGCGAGCCGCCCGCCGACCCGCCGUGCGACAGCCGCGAACCGCCCAGCGACGACUCGGCCGACGGGGCGAACGGCCUGGUCGCCCACGGGCUGGCCCACGGGCCGCUGUCGGGCAGCUCGGGAGACCCCGAGGACCAGGACGGCGCCAUCGGGGCGUACUUGACGGCGGGCGAGGGGAAGAUGUUCGCAGGCGCGGGGUUCAAUUUCAGUAUGGCGGCGCUGGCGGCGGAUCCUACGGGGCUCGGAGGUUUAAAUCACUCUCUACAAGGAAAUGAUGGUUUGGCAGGCACCUCACAAGGUUUGGACGACUUUCGAUGUCAACCGUGCAACAAAAGCCUCAGCUCGCUAACGAGACUCAAGAGACAUAUACAGAACGUACACAUGCGCCCGUCCAGAGAACCAGUUUGCAACAUAUGCAAGAGGGUAUACAGCAGCCUUAAUUCUUUAAGGAACCACAAGAGCAUUUACCAUCGGAACGUUAAGAACAUAAAAACCGAGGACAUGAUAUCACCCCACCCGUUUUAUCUCUGAGGCAUAUAUAGAAACCAUGCGCUGAAAUGUCUUUGUCUGGGGUGUUUUUAUUUUUGAAUGAGGAACAUGCCAGAUUUCUUUGAUUCGAUAGAUCCGAGUGUGUUUGGAGGCGUACAAAAUAUUUUUAUAUGUUCCGACUUAUUUUUAUUUAUUCCAUGUAUCGAUAGGUUGUUAUUGUUUUUGAGAUAAGUUUAUCUUUGGAGAACUGGAAAAUGGACAAAAUAUUAUGUUGUAUUUAGAUAUCUCAUUGAUUCCUAGUAAUACUAUCAUAUAGUUAUGUUUAUGUUAUGAUUCUUUCAAGUAAUGUUUAAUUUGAGCUGUCUAAAUAGAGUUACCAAUAUUGUCUAUUAUAAAAAUAGUAUUAUUGGUAUACUAAAAAUAUUAACUCUUCAUUUAGAUCUGCUUACUAAAAAGUUCCUAAUAUAUUCAAAAAAUUUGAAUUAUGGUCCUAUAUACAAUAAUCAGAUAGAUCAUUUAUUCACUUAUCACAUAUUGGAGAGUCCGUAAGACUGAUCUCGAAUAUAUCAUAAUUGAUCAUCCUUUCAUUGUUCAUUCCAUUGUUCCGGUUGGUUUUUGUCCAUUUUUCAGAAUUACCUUUUAGAAGCCGAAUGUUAUUAAGGUAAUAUAUUUAUAAAAAUCAAAAAGAUAUACAUAUAGUAUGCUUCUAUGUAUAAAUGCUUAACAAUAAUUUUAUACAUUCGAUAUCAAUCGUAGGCUAUAAAAAAAGUUAUAUAAGUAAUUGCAGUAUCACAACUUCAACGUCAUCAACAACUAAAGUAAAAUCAAUCACUAUUGAUAUAGUUACUAGUCUGUAACAAUGAUUGAGAGCCACGUUACAGAUUUCACAUCAACUUCUUCUCGCCCUUCAUUGGUAUUCUACUGUUUGGAUCCAUCAAUAAUUUGGAUAUCAUCUGAGAAACAUACCAUCAAUUCAUAAUUUGCUUGAUGAAUCUUCAUAUAUACUUUCCUGAGAACUAAAUGUUAGAACAGCUGCCAUAUUCAGACAAGAUGUUUUUUAAUUUUGCUUUCUACAGCACACAAAAUCAAGAGGACUUCUAUAAAUAGUAUAAAUUGCCACAUAUUCAAAUGAACUUGCCCCUUCAUCUUCUAGGCGAGUGGGCCAUCAAAACCUUUUCAAAUGUUUAACUAGUUUUCAUCUUAUUGCCAAAUUUCGGUUUAUGAACAUUGAGAAUUUGUGAUCUUGGCUGUUACUUACAUAACCCUAAAAUUAGUUGCUUGCGUUCAGUGGCUGGUCGACCACAGUGCAUUUGGACAACAGCAGUGAGAGAAGCUCUCGAUCGAAAUGUGAUCAAGUGAUACAGAUUGACAGAUCGAGAAAGUGACCAACGUCGGACAUGUUGCUGAACGCGGGCGAGAUGAACAGAGGUGAUAACCCGAUAUUGCUACCGAAUGGCAGCUAAUCUGGGAAGCCCCGAGCAGAUGGCGCUAGCUGUCGGUCUUUGUUUAUUUCGUUGCAGUGACCAAGGAUGAUGUUACUACAGAAGUUCGUUCGGGUUGUUUUUUUAAGCCGAAGGUGCAAAAUAUUAACUCAUAAAUAUUUAGACAGAUAUGUCAAGUUACGUGAAUGUUCAAUUUUUAUAAUACUCCGGAAAUUAUGCAAGUUGCAGAAUAUCUAAAACAAAAAAAGUAUUCAGGAAAUGAAUACUUGACUAAAAUUUCAAUCUAGUGAAAAUACCUUUUGAAGAAUAACUACCCUACUGUAAGACUAUAUGUCUAACAUAAAGAAUAUAAAUCGGUUAGAGAAGGAUGAGUUCGAUGACCUGCUACGCAAAACAAUUCAUUGAGAUGAAAAUAUAUUCAUAUAAAAAGCUUAAUCUACUCAUUCAUCAUUCAUUAAUUGUUUCCUGAUAUAUUUAUCACCCAAGGGCCGAAAGCUUAUAUCCUACAUUUCUUCUCUAAUAAAGUAGGUCAAAUGAAUAGAUCAGAUUACAGCUGUACAGGAAUCCACUUGAACUUAGCCUUUCAGAAAAACAGUGUGUAGUAAAUAUUGUAAACACUUUUAGUUUUUGCUACAACACGAUCAUUAUUGCAUCGUGAAUGAGAUAUACUAUUCUGCCAGGCAGGCAUCAUAUCACUAAAGAUGGAUUUCUUACGAAAAUACAGCCAUUCACAUAUUACAGCUGUCAAAGAGGUCCAUCAGUAACGUCACAGCAACUCAUAGGUUGGUUUACAUUGAGUCUCAUAUAGUCUGUAGUCACAUCAUCCUUGUCCAGUGAAGAUUAUUUUUUCAUGAAAGUAAGUAAAUAAUUGUUAUUGAAAGUCUCAACGUUGUAUUAUGCUCCUCGAGACUGGCUGGACAUAGUUUCCCAACAGUCAACCGUCAAUUCAUUGUUUGAAUCAUUGACAUCACUAGCGCCACCAUGCGGAAGCAAUAGCGGACAUCACUGUCGUUACUACCUUGUCACAGUUCAAUCCUAUACAGAUCCAGUUAUAUCAGUCGAUGAAAUCGUAUACCCAGGCAACAACAACUCAUGGAGUGCCAUUUGUGGCCGUGUCAUGUUAUGUGCCUUCGAGCUGUGCAGCUGAAGUUGGUUAGUCAGCCCAUGACUCACGGGUUCCAGAAGACGGAUUUUAAUGACUAAUAUUCAAGAAUAUUUUGUGUCUUGGUGUUGAUAUAGCCAAUAUAUAUGGGUGUUGUUCCUGGAUCGUUUUUUUGGAGGACAAAUAGUGCACUUUCAGAAGGCAAAGGUGCACAUUUUUUGUAAUAGAUUUUUACUAGUUAUAUUACAUAUUUCCAAAUUUUUUACGCAUGUGCAAAAAAAUUUAUUCAGAUACUUAUAUGUGACAGUGAUGACAGACUGAUGCAAGGAUUAAAGCUGGAUUUCCAUGAAUGCAUGAUGCUACUUUCACAAUUCCAAUUGGGUUGCAACUAUCUUAUCCAUUUCGAUUGUCGACUCUUCAUUUAUUAAUUACCAUUAUAUUAAUCAAUAUAAUAAUCAAAAAUCUUCAUAGAGGGAGUCAGGGUCAAACCUACAUCUCACAUAGUCAAGUCAGCUGUCAGAAAGUCACACAUCACAAAAUCCCAAUGGGCAACAAUGGCAACUCUCAAUACUGACAUACGACACUAUUGGAUAGAUUUCAAAUUUUUUCCACUUCUCAAUAGUUGCGUUUUAUCCAUCUGAUUCCGCCACCGGAAUCACUUCAAUGUGUCGUUUUAUCUGCGACUUUUCCGAUUCCGCUUGCUACUUUUCAUUUCGUCUCACUACAAGGAAUGACUUGGAACGACUGUUGACAGUUGUCAAAAAAUCAAAUAAGUUUGACGAAAAUCGAAACUUUUUGAAAGCAAAUGACAUUUAGAAGACAUUUUCAUCUUGAGGUUCACCAGUUCAUGAGACAAGUAAGGCAGGUUUCUAUGUUCAUUCCCAGAUAAAAUUAAUUAUCUCGAUCUCAGAGAAGUUUCUCCAAUCACCACAAUCACUGCUUCAAAUAUUAGUUGAUUCAUUUUCUUUAUUCUUAACUCUAGUAUUAUGAUUUUGAAAUUAUUUGGAUCCCCAAUACACAAAUACAACCUCUUAUGUAAAUUCUCUCAUGCAAGGUCAUGCAUCUUCUCGUUUUAUUUGUAAACGUCAUUCUGUUACCACCACCGCUACCAGUAUAGAACAAACGAAACGCAACUAAUAGUGACUGACAUUGCCAUUCGACAAAUUUAAUGUUUCUUCUUCCCAAUUACUUUGAGUACAAUAGCAAUAUUGUUUUUACCUUGUUACAUUCUCACUACUGACAUCAAUCUAGUUAGAAGGAGGUGAGACGGAUCUGAGUUGCCGAUUGAAUAAAAAGAACAGGUUUUUUUAUCUGUCAGGAAGGGCGAGGGAAGAAAACAUAACCCAACAUAAUUCAACCAAAAUGUAAAAUGGCUGAGGAAAUUAAUGAGGAGCAUAGAAAUAUUAUUGUAGUGAGUAUUCAAAGGAUUCAACCUGUGGACUGAAACUUCAAAGCUGAAAGCAUGUCAAAAUCAAAAUAUAACCUCACAAUUUUCAGCACAGAACCACAGAAUUACUAGAAUUAAUCCAGUCUCACCUUUGUCUCACUACAACACCAAAUGAAUAGCAAUCUCAGUUGGGGUGAGUGGAAAGAAAUAGUCGAAAUAAGUUCUAGAGACAACUCACAUCAGACUAAGAAGUUAUUGCUGCACUGAGAAUCUUGGUUAAUCUCAGUCAAAGUUGGUAAAAAGGAUAUUACUUAUCAAUUUCUGGUAGACAGUUUCAAAGAAAAUGAAAAGUGCACUUUUUGGACGAGAUAAAGAAAGUGGUGCUGCAGUGCGUACUGAAUUCACAAAUGGCGUCAAAUUGCAUAAUCGUGCAGCCAGGAACAACACACUGGGGUAACGAACAUCAGAGGUGCCGACUGCUGGAUCUGUAAGCAUUCGACUGUGAUCUUGUAUAGAUUUUAAGACUUGCUUGACCGAUGAUAAAGCGGGGGCCUAAUAGGAUCUUGUCUGUUCUCGGUGUUCGGUGGACACACAGCUCGCAGGCUGAGCUUUCCGCUGCCUCUGAACGCCAGCCACCGAUGCGACGUUUGCGGCAAGCUGCUGAGCACCAAACUAACCCUGAAACGACACAAGGAGCAGCAGCACCUGCAACCGCUCAACAACGCUGUCUGUAACCUGUGCCAGAAAGUGUUUCGGACUCUUAAUUCGCUCAACAAUCACCGGAGCAUUUACCAUCGGAGACAGAAAUGAACUCUUCCUGUUAGGCAUAGUGUCCUGUUAAGCCCCCGCUAUGACGCUUUUCGAUUUGUCAAGCAGUCGAUAUAUCUGUUAUUGAUAGUUAGACUUUAAACGUAGGGAUGUAAAGAUAAUGGAGAUGUAUGUAUUGCAUAGUUUCAUAGUUUGGGGAUAUGUUGUUGACAGUAAGUAGUUGCUGUCGAUGCUGAUGCUGAAAAAUUCGACUACAGGACGCAAGCUUGAAAGCCUGAAAGGACCUUGACAAAUUAUGGGAAAAUAUCUCAAUUGUGGCUUCCAAGUAUAGUCUACUCGUAUAACCGCUAUCAUGGUGUCCUUGAGACUUGACUGUAGACAUGUAUUCCGAAACAGAAUUAAUAACAUUUUUCAACUACAAAAUAGCCACAAUGCUCAAAGUGGAAAGAAAUGCAAAUACGUCAAAGUCAUUCCCACACAAUGUUCAUAAAAUGAACAACAAUGGUAGAUAUAGGGAGAAAAACAACUUUUUUCCUGGCUAAUGCCACGCAGAACAUUGAAUUACAUCCUCCCGAAAUCUAUGCAUCGACUCGUAUAAACGAAUACUGAUACAAGUGAUUCUUUCCUGAAUGCCUAUUGAAUUCGAUUUCAUAGUUGAAAUUACGCCAGUCUGGCAAUCAGUCACUCCCGUAUGGGAAUUUCAGUUUCGGAGUGUUUCUUUCCUUCUUUUCUACUCAGAUGGCGUUGCUUUCAUAUUGUCUAUGAAGGUUGUUUCUGGGGGAAUAUAAUACCGACUUGAUUUCUGUUUUGGCGAGGCUGAGCUUAGUCGGCGGUCUUAGGACUGCUGGCCCUGCACUGAUGAGAGUCAAAGAGCUCGAAACCGGUUUGUAGGUGUCUAGCGUGGCCUGGCUAAAUCGAAAGCAAUAGGCAUUCAGGAAAUAAUCACUUGUAUCAGUAUUCGUUUAUACGAGUCGAUGCAUAGAUUUCGGGAGGAUGUAAUUCAAUGUUCUGCGUUGCAUUAGCCAGGAAAGUAGUUGUUUUUCUCCCUAAAUGUACCAUUGUUGUUCAUUUUAGGAGCAUUGUGUGGAAAUGACUUUGAGCUUUUUGCCCAUGCUAACCUAAAACCAGAUAUUUUACUGCUCGCGAAUGCUUUUGAACACUUAAUUCGUUAUGUACCUCGUUAAAGGCCUUUUUACCGAAAUUAAAAGGACGAUUAAACAAUCAGGGCUGGUUUCAUAAACAUUGCUGUUAUCUUGACGAGGAAUCACGAGAGCCUAGUUUUCGAAAUAUUCCCAAACCUCAUUGUCAGAUUGGUCACAGUGAGUCACGUGAUACAUUAUGGGCGCAUGCGCAUUCGCUCGUAGAAAAAAUGAAUUAUUAACGAAACUCUCGGGCUCACGAGACGAUGGAAAACAUCCUUGAAAGCCUAAACACUAAACAAAUGAUCACAGUGGACUGACGCCAUGCUAUUAGAGGACCAGAAUAAAACUCCCUGGCCAAACUCAGCCUCCACAAUUUCAUUGCGAAAAAUAAUCAUCAGAAAACACGAAUCUCAACAUAUCACGUGAUGGAAAUGGUUCGAAAGAUUUAGGCACUUCUGAGGAAUCUACUCUCCUAACACAUCAGCUGAGGCAUACGUUGCCACUUUCCAUGGAUAUGCAAUGAUUGAGUCUAGUUCUGAUGGUAUUGUAGAAUGAGAUGUUUAUUUAAUGUCCCAUACGAGACUUUACUUUUUGAUGGCCACUUUGUGAGCUACCUGGCAACUUAUUGAAAAUUUCAGUUGAUACUUAGUCCGAAAGAUGCACUGGUUUUAUGUUUUGAAUGGCUUCUGUAUCAGUGGCACUAAGUUGCUUUCGACAAAGAGUAAUGAAAGCUUAAUGGAGAAUUAUAAUGAGGAAGUUAUGAACUGUUGAAGUCCAAUUAUCUCAUAGGAGGAUAGUCAAUGAUCAAAGUAAACCUCACUGAGGCGCAAAUUUCGACGAUAUGAUCGUCAAGUUUGGUCGACACAAAAGCACAUCAGUGCCUAAACAUUGCUUUGAACAACAGAACUUCUUUAUCUCAGACUAUUAACAUAUUAUUAUAAAAGUAAUAUAAUACGAAUCAUUCAAGUUCAAUGGAUAUUUUAAAAUUUUCCACGAGAACAUGUUAAUUUGGCAAAAAUUAAUAAAAAAUCAACCUGACGGACUCGUUUUUAUCUAAUUCUAAUAGUUCGAAUGCUUUUUCCUCGAAUGCAGUAGUUUGAUUGAAAUUUUGACAGUUCAAUAUGUAUAGGCAGUUUUAACGAGAAGAAGCGGUUUUAUCAGUAUAAUGCCUGAUUAUUGACUAGAAUCACGCGUUGCUAUAAUGCGUUGAUAUAACUUAAUUAUCACCUUUUGAUAUGUGAAGGAAAGAAAUAGUAGGUAGGUAUGACAUUUUUCAAAAUGAAACAUCCAGUGAAAUUGAUAGUCAGUUAGACUAUAUUUUGGAGCCAACAUCAUAUUUUUCUUCUGAGAAGUGAAGAACGUAUUCUGUUGGGAACAUUUUCCAGUGCGUUAACUUGAUCUCACAUUUUUUAUUUAAAAGACUGAUGAAGUAAAAAUAAUAUAUUAAUUAUUUCAUUAACAAAACUAAUUUAGUUUCUGCAUAUUUUAUAUGUAUGAACAAAACGAAUAUUGGCAGUAAUUAAAAUUGAUAAUGCGAUUGGCUGUGAAAAUCAAGACGGACAUUGAAUCAUUGAAAAGUAUUUUGAGAAAAGUAUUUAUUUGCAAAUUAAUGUUUGUCUCCAUUAUUUUUAUCAUGAUAUUGUACUAUCGGAGGUUUGUAGAAAUUUACUUAUUACUGUCUAGCAAACGUUGCAUCUUUUUGGCACUGUGAUAUAUUUUUGUUGAUAUGAUUCUAAAGAAUUUUAUGAUUUAAUGUAACGUUUUUGCCAGUAAUAUGGGAAAUGAACUUUUAUAUAAGAAAAAAAAUCAAAGCCUUUUUAUAUAAUAAUUGGUGAAAGGGAUUCUAUAUUACAUAAACAUAUUGAAAAUACUUGAACGAUAUAUCUUUUAUUAUUCUUCUUCAUUAUUUCAAUGCUUAAGAAAAUUUGAUAUUUUGUAGCAUAUAAAAAGAGGUUUGAAUUAUAUAAAAUGUGCAAUAAAAAUUAUUGUAUCGAGAUUUGAUUUCGCAUAAAAGUUUGAUUGCAAUAUUGGUUAUGAAAUAAUUUGUUAGCUGAUGAUUAUGUUACUCUUUUGGAGAAAUAAAUACUGAAAUCUUUUAUAUGCUAUGAUUUUGUACUGAUUUAUUCCGGAGGCUUUAUAAUAAUAUAAUAUGUUGUUUAAUAGUACCUAAGUAGUAUAUUUUUUUAUUAUGUGUGCCUAAGCAUUCAACUUUUGUAUUUAAAAUCCAGUUGUUGCACAGAGAGACAGGACUUAGUUUUCAAAAGACUGAAAUUAUAAUUAUUAUUUGCGGUAUUUUUUUUAAGACUGAUAGAUUUGACUGAUUUUGCUACUUUCGGUAAGACAAAAGGAUUGGCAAACCCCUAUUUUUCAAAUUGAACUGAAUUUUCUUUGGUCCUGUGUAGUAACUUAUUAGUUUUUUUUUUGCAUUAUGAGCAUGUUGAUGUUGUUUGAUGCAAUAUUUAUCAUAUUUUAUGUACUGUUGUAUAACCUUUAUUUAUGUUUAAAUAUAUUUUUACAUUUGCAAAAGCAGCUUGGGUUUUAUUUUGCUUGAAUAGUUUUGCCAUCAUCCUGUUCUAUGUAACUAUAUACUUCACAACUCAUCAACACUGCAGUGUUGCCACCAGGAGAAAUCUGAAAUGUUUUUCCUUGACAAUGAAAUCG